UGGGUGGCCUCGGCAAGUAACUGCUGAUAUAAAAGGAGAAGCCUUGGUGCCAACAUUCUACAAGAAAAGGGGAACUCACUCAGAAGGGGGGAGAGAGAGGGGGUGGCGCUCCCGAAGGGAGCCAGGCCGCCAUGGACAUGGAGCUGGAGCAUGGAGGGGACGAAGAUGACAGAGGGAGCGAGUCGUCCAAGGGGAGCUUGAGUGCUUCGUCGGAUGCAACCGUCAGCAGCACGGCGAGCAAGCUGCAAGCUCUGAGGCUUGCAGAGGACCUCUCCCUGCCGUCGGUGCAGGUGGUGGUGAUGAGCGCCAACAUGGGGUGCUCGCACUGCCGACAGCGGGUCGCCAACGUCGUCUCCAAGAUGAACGCAGGGCUGCUGGAUUACAUGGUGGAUUUCGGGAAGAAGGAGGUGACGGUGAGGGGGAAGGUGGUGCCGGCCAAGAAGAGGAAGAAGCACAAGAACCCGUUCGCGGCGUCGCCAUCGCCCGGCCACGCCAGGACGCUGUCCUGGCUUUUGGGAUGCUACGGCUCAUAGUAGCUACACUAGUCUAUAUAUACUACCACAUAUAUAGGAGUAUGUGUUAUAUGUAGUAUCUAGCUUCUUAAGUGUAAUCUUUUGUCUUGUAAUUCUUUCUUUUCUUUCCUUUUGCUAUUAUUUUUCACUAUAUUCAUCAGAAUAAUAACGUGAUGAGGCGGCCAUUGUAAAUGCCACGCACGUGCGCGUGCUCCCUCGAUCCCACGUCUCUGCAGAUUUAUUCAGGCCUUAAUCCUUCCUGCCUC